AUAAUUCCAAACCCAUAUGUGAUCCAAACCCUCUUCUUUCGUGCCAAGAUGUCCUAUCUGUACCAAGUUCAGGAGAUCUUGGGUUCUAUGCAUUGUCAGCCAAAGAGUGUGUAGACGACUGCCUGGUCAGUCCACUCAGUGUUUCUUCUUCAGGGAGCUCGGAUACAGAGGCCUUCUCUCUCAUAGUCAAGUGUUGUGUAGGUGGUGGGUUGUGCAUCAGGAUGGACAGCCACUGUGACGCACACCAGGCCAACACGGUCACAAACUUGCCAAAUCCUGAGUUUCCUACCAACAAAGUGCCUGAUACCUCUACAGAUGUGGAGACCUUUGGCAUGGUGUGUGAAGCACAAAGUGAAAGGGAUGUGGACCACAAGAGUAGCAGCAGCCAGAGCAUUUUAAGUGUUGAUGACACUGCCGAAGUGGCAGCUAAUGAAACAAGUAACGUGCCAGUAUCAUCAGCUGGCCGUGAGUCCCCAGUUACAGAUGGUGGGGCGGAUGGGGCCAGAGCUGACCCAUACCUGCCUCCCCAACCUGUUAAAUCUUUGUCUGUGAUAUUCAGCUCUACGCCGUUACAUGGUCACUUCUCCACUGCUUCUCCUCACAUUAGCAGUGGAGAUGAGGAGCCCCAGGGCACCUCGGGGCCCAGCCGUCCGUCCUCGACCACUGCCCCUGGGUCCCCUGGGCUGGGGGGGUCUCUUAGAGGGAUGCCCAUCACCCCCUCUGGCCAACAAGGUGUUGUGAAAACAGUAGCAGCAUCAAGCCAGUGUUGUGUGGGUGAGGCUGAGGCUUCAUGUACCACACACGUGCUGCACAACACCUCUCAGCCUGCCCAGCAGCCAGUGGCAGCUGUGGCACAAGCUGCGGCACACACACAGGCCAGUCUCAACAUUCCUGGCUCAAUGGCCAACAAUAAUGCCAAUAGCCAACUCCAGGGUAGCAACCCUAGCUUUAACCAGGAGACAAAGCAGGCUAUAGCCAGCUUACUCCAAAUAAGUGCAACCUGCAACCAAUACGCUUCAUUUCCUACUUCAUCAAAAUUCCAGGCUGCAGGCAAGCCUGGAAAAUUUGGUUUUGCUUCCUUCCCCCAUGGCUUUAUUAAAGUUAAUAGGUGGGGCAUUCCACGUGGCUUGGGUCUCGUAGGCGGGGGAGAGAGUGCAGCCAAUGGGUGGGGCACAUCGGCCCCUCAAACGGCUGGGUGGGGUAGCUCUGGUGCCAACCAGGCCGGAUCACAAGGCCAAUGGGGAGGAGCUCCCAAUCGUGCUGGAGGAGCACCAAACACAUCCCCUGGACAAGGAGGGAGUCUCAAGCCAGCACAGCAAAAUAGUGGUCCUUCUCAGCAACCAAGUUCUCCAGCAGGUCAGCAGAACACACAGACAGGAGGAACAGGAGGGCAGCAGGGACCAGCAGGAGUCAACAAUCAACAACAGACUCAACAGGGCAACAGCGGACAAGGAGGCAAUAGUAAUAAUACUUGGGCACAAGCUGCAGGGAAAGGUCUUCCAGCUGGUAGUGGGUCGGGGGAUGCUCAAAAACGUCACAUGGAGCAGCAACUGCAGAGUAUCAGGGAAGCUUUGCUCAGCAGUGAAGGCUGGGGUGGGGAAAAUGUCAACCAGGAGACAACGUGGGACCUUCCAGGAUCGCCCGAACCUUGCAAAGAUGCUAAUGCUCCUCAUCUGAAACUUAAUGUCAAUAAUGGAUGUGACUUAUGGGAAAAUAACUUGAGAAAUGGAGGUGCAGCCCCUCCAAAGACUCAACAGGCUCCAUGGGGCCAUACUCCAGCCACAAACUAUGGCGGAACUUGGGGUGAGGAUGAUGAUGCCACAGAUUCAUCCAAUGUUUGGACCGGUGUUCCCUCCAAUAAUCCACAGUGGGGUGCCAAUACUCCAAACCCACCCAACAUGUGGGGGGGAGGGGCACCACCAAAGAAGAAUAGUGAAUGGGCUGCAGGAGGCAGUGGUACUGGAGGAGGAAAUACACAAAGUGGCUGGGGAGACCAUGGCCCUCAAAGGUCAGGUGUGGAAAAUCCACCAAGCGACUGGGGACCAGGAGGCCCUCACAAACCUGGCCCACAUGUUGGUCCACAUGCAGGACCUCACAGCCACAGUGGACCACAUAGUGGUCCAAACAGUGGUCCUCACAGUGGAUCUCAUGGUGGUCUACAUAGUGGCCAUCAUGUUGGCCCUCAUAGUGGCCCUCACAACACUCCUCAUGGUGCACCUCAUAAUGGACCUCAUAGUGGAUCUCAUACUGGACCCCAUGGACCUCAUGGCCCACAUAAUGGACCACAUGGUGUCCCACAUGGGGCCCCUCAUGGUAACCUUCCUCACAGUGGUCCACCUGGUGGUCCUGGAGGACCAACACAAUGGAAUGGUCCAAAAGAUAUGAAGCCAAGUGGGCCAGUUGGUGCACCAAGUGGAUGGGAGGAGCCUUCUCCACCAACGCAGCGGCGUGAUGACGGAACAGCCGUUUGGGGUAACCCACAGCAACAGGCUAAUGUGUCCCGGUGGAAGGAAAUGCCCAACCCGAACAUAAUGGGCAGACCCAACAUGCCAGGGCCUCAACAAGGCCGCAUGCCAGGACCACCAGUUCCACCGGGAAUCAAGCCAGAUCAGCGCAUGUGGGGACAACAUGGGAGAAAUGGCAGCUGGAGUGACCCCCCUCACGAUACGGGUAGUGGCAUGUGGGGGGAGGAGCCGAAGUCAGGUGGUUGGGGAGAACCACCAAUCACAUCCCCAUCUUGGGGAACAAAACCGAAGACUCCAACUGGUGGUCCAGUUGGGCCUGGUUGGGGAGAAACAGAUAUGGAGCUGCAAGGCUGGGGACACCAAAAUAAGAUGACUGGUUUCCCUCCUCUGCUUGAUCUCAGAUCUCCCAAAACUCUCAUUCCUGAGUCCCACUUCCCAUUUGCUGUAAGUUGCCAGUACUGUCUCCCCUUGUUACAAUAUUUGGGGCUCCUACCUGCUUACCAGCUUUAUCUGUCCCUAUUUUGUGGCUGUUGUCUGCUUGUUGUGUUUUAGAGGUGGCCACAAAGC